AGUGAAACAAAACCUAAAGCCAAGCCUGUUACUCCUGAAAAUAAACAAGGUAUUGGGCGAAAAAGUUGCUGCUUCGUUAGUACGAAAUCGCAGGUGGCUCGCACGUAAAAACGUGUCACCACACGGAGGCCAGGCGACGAAAACAAAAAACACUAACGAUCGUGACUGAAUGACAACCCGUUUGAGUGCUCGUCUGUGUACUAAGUCGAGCUGAGCUAAACUCUGAACUGGUAUCUUUAAGAAUAACGGUAUUAAGAACACGAGUAUCUGUGAUAUCGAUACGCCCUUGUACGUGAUUCUAUGGAUUGUAGGCAAGUGACCCUGUAACACCCUCUGAAGAAAUUAUUGCAGAUGAAGACAACGCAGACGUAGCUGACGAAGUGAUUAAUGCCAGAAUUUGACUUUGAGUAUUUUGUGGUGUGCAGAGACUGUUGCCAACAUUCAAACGAGGGGCUAACAAGCCCCAUGAAUAAGUUAGGCUGCCAUACGACCAUUUUAUGAUGGCACGGACUCUUCGUUAUCGUGUUAUUGUUGUGUGAUCGAAAUAAAUGUUCAAAAAUUUCAUGUGUGAUUACAAGAGGGGCAUAGAUCGACAGAACGAGUAUACUCCGUUGUGUAAUACUGUGUUCUAUUACUCUGUGGGAUACAUUGUAUUGUCCAUCGCUGGUAAUGAAAAUGCCCAUAGGUGAGAAGAACGAGCGGACGCGGCUUCAGUCGACCGGCGAGGGAGACAAGUCGAUGCGCGGUGGAUAUUACCGCAGCACUGGGGAAACCGAGUUAAACUGUGAAGGUUGUCGGCCCGCUUCACCGCAUUCGCCAAGAGCGCAUCCCGUCGUUCCACCGACUGAUUCACAUCUGGCUGCCGUAAGCAAUCCUUUCGGCGAAAACGACCUUCCUAGCGUGAUGCCUGCUGUAAGGACAGUGAAGAGCCCAGAGCUCGACCUCGAUGGCCGGAGUUCGCCAGAUGCAGGAAUGCUGGAGGCACCGUCUCCAGACGGAAAAGCAUCCACGAAGUGCCAGAAGUUCCUAAGGCAAAACAGGCUUACAAUUGCUACUAUAGCAGGCGUCGUACUAGGCAUCAUUUUUGGGUGUUUCUUUCGCCGUUACGGAGGUCCGUGGUCGAAACGAGAAGUUAUGUACAUCAACUUCCCUGGAGAGAUUUUUCUUCGGAUGCUUCGCGGCCUCAUCCUUCCCCUUAUCACAACGUCAAUGAUCGCCGCCGUAGGCGGACUAGAUGCCACUCUUUCGGGCAAAAUUGGCUUUCGCGCCGUUACGUAUUACUUCAGCACGACGUUGAUAGCUAUUAUUCUGGGUAUCGUGCUGGUUAUCACGAUCCAGCCAGGAGCGGGUGAUACCGAUAUUGAGGCUUCGAAAACCAGCGCUCGUCUUGUCACGACAGCCGACACACUCAUGGACCUCAUCAGAAAUGCCUUCCCGCCAAACAUUAUAGAGGCCUGCAUUAAUCAGUUUUCGACAAUCGUCAUAGAGCCAGAGAAUGCAACAGGAAGUAUGUACGACUGGGACUUCAAGACUGUGAAAGAUUCUGGAACGAAUGUUCUCGGUUUAAUCGUGUUCUGUAUCGCCCUGGGAACAAUUAUCGGCCGAAUGGGUGAGAGCGGAAAACCUUUGCUGGAUUUUUUCACCGCUCUCUCAGACGCCAUGAUGUUGAUUACAAAGGUCGUUGUCUGGUUGUCACCUGUUGGUGUCAUGUUCUUGGUGAUGUCUAAGGUAAUCGAGAUGAAAGACUUCUCCAUUGUCGCCGGACAAGUCGGUAUGUACACACUAACCGUAAUACUCGGCCUUCUAUUACAUGGAUUCAUUGUCCUACCCGCAAUCUACAUGCUCAUCAUGCGACAAGAGCCGUUUACGUUCCUGCUCGAUAUGCUACAAGCGAUCACCACAGCCUUUGGAACGGCCUCCAGCUCAGCAACGUUACCGGUCACCAUCGCCGCUCUGGAGGACAAAGUGAAGAUCGACCCGAAGGUUGUGCGUUUCUGCAUUCCCAUAGGGGCAACCAUUAAUAUGGACGGUACCGCACUUUAUGAAGCUGUGGCUGCGAUUUUCAUUGCCCAGGUGCGCCGAGUCCCUCUUGACGUCGGCAAGGUCAUUGCCAUUAGUAUCACAGCAACGGCAGCGAGCAUCGGUGCAGCAGGAAUCCCACAAGCGGGUCUGGUUACCAUGGUCAUGGUGCUUAAUGCAAUCGGACUGCCUGCAGACGACAUAACUCUGAUCAUCGUUGUGGACUGGUUCCUGGAUCGAUUCCGGACAGCAAUCAAUGUUCUAGGUGAUGCCGUGGGGGCCACCGUUGUGGAAAAGCUUUCUCUUGACGACCUACGCUCGAUGCAGAAACAAGACAACAAAGAUACGGAUAGCAAAGAUACCGUAAUCACAGCUAUGUAAUGAUCGACGUCUCAUCUAUCAGGACGAAGAGGCACAAGGUCCGAUUGUGGUGUUCAUAUGGUAAAAUUUUUAGACAGCCGUUAACAACAAUAACAAUAAAACAAUUCGAACGGCAGCAAUCACGGAGCAGAAAUUUAAAUAAAUGAGUGAAACAUUUGCAUAAAAGUACCUAGACAAGUGGGAGGUUGCGCGGCGGAUAUGGGAAAACUUUCGAAAUCGAUUAUGAGUACCGGUGCGAUAGUACGAUUCCAUCAUCUCAAUGCAAUGCUACUUGAAUGAUUAUAAAGCUAAAGAGUUCCAUGAUUUGUGGCCUGUUUUCAAAAAGUCAUAUUCUCAUUGAAAAUAUAAUUCGAUCUUGGGGUUUGACAGCGUGGCCUAAUACAAUGAUAUGAACCUAUCGGGCAGGAAUAAGUCAGCCAGCAACUGUGAAUAGGCAUAAUAGUUGUAAUUUAAGGUUGUCUAUCACUGUGCCACCGUUAUAUUAAUAGUGGCAUGUGGUCGCUACAUAAAUGCCAUAGUCGAUCUUCCUUUUAUGGUAAGGUCCUAAGGAAAACGAAGCAGCCAACAGUAGACUGGUACUUCUGUAAGGCCAACUAAUAUGCUCAAUAAUAUCGAGUCCUUAAGGUGUGCCGCUUUUUUAGAAUAGCACAGAAUAAUAACGUACUUAACAUAAACCUUUCGUUUAAAAAUCGGUUUCCCCAUUCUGAAACUCCAGGAUAUCCAAUUGCCAUUGAAUUUUGCAUACAGUGUUAUGUGGAAUCGUACACUUCGCUUCGUUAAUCAAUUAGCGCGUUCUUAACAUUCAAUCACGAGUGUACAUUUUGCUGUAAAAAAACAAAUAUAGCCUAUGGGCACAAAGUUGUCAAAAGUAAAGGUCUUUCGUUGAUACAACGCUUUGUAGAAGCUUUUCUCGUAAAAUGAUCAUCGAGCCUUUGUCGGUACCGUUACACGAGCAUUUGGACGUUUUUAAAUACGCGCUCAAGUACUUCAGACCGAUCUUCCAACUUCCAACGCCCAUUUGUAUGACUGGUAUCUGAUAUUUUACUUUAGAAAUAGAUCUUUCUUUGUGUCUGUUGAUAUCGUCAGCGAUGUUCAGUAUGCGACAUAUUUAAAAAAAAAUUAGACACAUCUUAUUGAGGCCCCUGCAUAAAUGGAUGCUAUUAGUCUAAACAGGUGUAUUGUAAAUUGAUGAUGAAUAUACGUAUCCGUAUAUAUAUAUAUGUAAAUUUUAAUUUCACCAAGAUAAGUCCGAAAUGAUGAUACCGAAUGUGAAGAAAUCUGCAGAACAAAUAUCCUUAUAGGAAACUAUCCAUGUAGGUUAGAGCAAAAUUCAUAGGGUUCUUUAUUCGAGAAACGUAAGGACACGCGGAUUUACUUCGAAACGAAUAAUUGUUGUGUUUCAAAUGACGUUUAAACAUAGUUGGAAGAACCAAUGCAUGCUGGCUUAUAGAACGCGACGGCAUUUUUUUUUCUAAUCAAUGGGCGACGCCAUAAGCACAUGAGCAAAUACAACACUAAUAUUUAGAAGUUUAUUAAUUUUUUGCUGUUUAGACCGUGCAAAGAGAUGGACUCCGUAAGACUACUAUCCGUAUUGAUCCUUACAUAUAGAAAUAUAAUCUCAUCGAUUUUCUUUCUUUGUCAGUCUUAUUCAGCGACAUUCUUACUAACCUAUUUUUCGACAACCAUAUAUACAUAUAUAUAUAUAUCAAUAAUAAUUAUUACCCAUAUAAACACAAAAAGUGCCGUCAAUAUGAGCAGGGUCACAACUUACCACAUAGCCAUGUACCGCCUCCGAAGCAUGUAAUUAUGUGACCCAUCACAAGACCCGAUUUACCUAUGAGUAUCGAUUAAGUCUAGCAGAAGGUACGCCUGGAACCAUUAUGAACGACAAUCUAAUUAUCUGUUAAUUCUCUUUCUGUUUAACUGUUUACAAUAAAAAUAAGCAGAAGCACUAAAAUGCGACAAAAGUUCCAAGAUUUCGAAAAAGAAAUAAAAUGAAAUUGAUGAAGAGUGUUGUUCACAAAGACUACUAUCCGUAGUAUUUACCCAGAUUGGUUUACUCGUUUGUGCUAUCCCGACCCUUCGAAUGACCCAUCGGCAGUCGAUAGCUCCUGUCUGCUCGUACUUUCAACUACACUACAGACGAUAGUACGCAAUGGAUAGGAGUUCUGACGUAUCCGUCCUGCCAGUCGAAUCAACGCGACUGAGAAAAAUAUAUUCUAGGUAUUUAAGC